ACAACAGGGCCUACGCCGGGGAAUCUGGCAGCCUAUUAGAUCAGCCGGUAGAGGAGUGAGGAGGCACGCUGAGAAUUCCCUGUCCCAGGCAAGGUCCCGGCUCAAAUAUGUCUGCGACGUUGCCUCGACGGAUCGUGAAGGAAACUCAAAGACUGAUUUCUGAGCCAGUGCCUGGAAUCAGCGCGACACCCUACGAAGACAAUUUCCGCUAUUUCAACGUCGUGAUCGAGGGCCCUGAAUCAUCUCCCUAUCAGCAGGGCAUUUUCAAGUUAGAGCUAUUUCUCCCCGCGGACUACCCGAUGGCUCCCCCCAAGGUGCGCUUCCUGACCAAGAUGUAUCAUCCGAACAUCGACAAACUCGGCCGCAUCUGCCUCGACAUCCUCAAGGACAAGUGGUCCCCCGCCCUGCAGAUCCGCACCGUUCUCCUUUCUAUCCAGGCUCUUCUGUCCUGCCCCAACCCGGAGGACCCCCUCAACAACCAGGUGGCGGAGCUCUGGAAGGCGGACGAGGACCGGGCCAUCGCCAACGCGAAGGAGUGGACUCGUCUGUACGCGACCAAGUGACAAGCUUGUCGCUGAGAAAUGGGCGGCGCAACAGCGAGAGGGUGAAGGUGGUGGAGACGAGCGGCGGGGGCAGUGGGGCUGUUUGGACAGGCAGGGGAGGCGGACACGAGCACUAUGAUACAUAGCCGUGAAUGUGACAUAGCGACAAGAUGACGGACCGUCUAGUGCCAGUGGUGGGUUGUGAAACAGCGACGCGUUGGGGGGCUGCUAGGGUCUACCUAGGUGCGGACUCGGAACUGCCCCGGAAGUUUUCAUGCCUACUCACACGACUAGGAAAGGAAGAACAAUGUGCUUUAUGUGACACGAAGAAAUGGCGCGGAUCAGGACGA